AUGUUGGGUUACGAUCUCAUUAUUGAGAAGGUUUCGAAAGAUUCAGUUAUAAUGCUUCAAUCGUUUUCCACAAUACCCUGGACUAAUGCUCAAGGUGAAAGGAGCAAACGGCCAUUUGAUAACGGACAUGGCUGGGACAUUAGACUGGCGGUUCCAGGUGAACCGGGGAACGACUAUCCAACUUUAAAUUCCAUACCACGAACAACAUUUACCUGUUCUGGAAAGGAUCCAGGAUAUUACGCAGAUAUAGAAACGAAUUGCCAGGUUUUCAGAGUAUGCACUUUAGGUUCUACAUAUGGAUUUCAGUCAUUCUUGUGUCCAAAUGGAACAUUAUUUAACCAAGAAGUAUUUGUAUGCGAUUGGUGGAUGAAUGUUAACUGUCAAAAAACAAGAGAAAUCAUCAAUAAUAGAAAUGAAAAAUUUAGAAAUUUAAAACUAGGUCCACAAUUUAUGACUGAUAUUAAAAAAAUGAUAACACAUCCGAUUAGAAAUCCUUAUGAUAGAUCAAAUGUUAAAAAUAACCUUAUAUUUAUGCAAGUAUAUAAGCCACCGCUUGGUCAGUUGUAUAACGAAGCACUUCUUAGAAAUUUAGAAAGAAACACUAAUGACAUUUAUGCAAAAAAGAAACAAGUACAAAAAUCAUACCAAGAACCCUUCACAACUGAUAUUUCUGUCGCAGCUUCAACUCCUACUACACAAUACAUUCCAAACUAUAUAUUCCAAAACCAAUUACAAAGUAGUCCAUAUUCGCAGUUGCAAAGCUUAACGUCCAACGCUCAUAGUGGACAAACUUCGCAAACAAGAGGUCAAGAUAUGGUACCCUCCAAGGCAGCUAAAUUAACAGAUGAUAGUUCUAAGACAGCAAAAUUAACGGAUACUUCGUACACUUAUAAUAGACCACAAAAUAACUUCGAAGAUGUACCAAAUGCUAAAUUGGAAAUUAAAGAUAAUGAUGGUUCUUACAAAUACAAUCCUCCAAAUAUUGAAAGUAAUGAAAUUGAUUCAACAACAAAAGAAACUCCAGAUUUAAUAACAUCAACUACACCACCUUCGGUACCAACAACACCUUUACCAACAAAAGAACCACUUAUUUACGUGGCUCCUACAACUUUCAAUCCCUUGCAAUUUACUUACCUUCCACCAGACGUAAAUUCUAAGUUUUUAUCACGGCAAUAUUUAUUACCAAAUAUUGCUAAUAAUCAAUUAGUAGCAGCAGGAAGUUCUCCGUCACCAUUUUUCAAAUUACCUAUGAAUAAAAAUGGACCGAAAUUUUCCUUAACUAAACAGUCCCUUAUCAAUACUAACAACAAUAAUUUGUCGUUUUCGGAUAUUUUAACAAAGGAAAAAUUAGAUAUAUCCGUAAAUGAUAUUGUUAAAGAAACAAAUAAUGUACUUCAAACCGUUUCUCCAGAACAACUUACUAAUGUAGACCAAAAGACCCAAACAGUUGAUUAUUCCGUUGAAAAUUAUUUACCUUACGAAUCUAACCGGCAAAGUGAUGAACAAAUAAUUUUGCAGCCUCCAUCACCGUUGCCUCAAAGUUCAAAACUUAUCUCUACUCCUUCGCCAAAUUUAGAACCUCCUGUAGAAGAUUUUUCUAGUGAAGACUUGGUGUUUUCAUUCUUGGCAGACUCAAUUAAUGCGGCUAAAGAAUACAGCAAUAUAGCACAGCAAAACAUUUUGUAUCCAACACAAACACAGCAAUUCCAAAACAUACGAAAUGAUCAAUUAGAGCAAGUAUCACAAGACAUUUCUCGAUUAACAUCUUCACAAUAUACAAGAACUAAUCCUUCUAACCACUACAGAUCUUCAAAUUCUGUAAAAACAUCUAAUUCUAAUUUACCAAGCAGUAACAGAGAAUACAUAAAUCUUUCAAGCAAUUUUAGCAAUUCACAAAAACAACAAGCGCCUCAAGAUAAUGUAUCACCGUCACAAAAUCUUAUUUAUUCAGUUAAUUCAGACAAUAUAUACAGUGGACAAUUAUACCAACUUCCAGUACCAGAAGUUACUAAGCAAAUAUAUAAUUCACCAGUCCCUUCUAUAUCUAACUAUAUAUUGUCUACAAAUUUCCUCCCGACUAGUUCUCAGAUUGAUACAAAACAAACACAUGAUCAAAGAAAUUCAAACGAUGUUGAAAUUAUUCCAUCCCAAACCAUUCCAACGAGUGCUUACGCGCCUAAAACUCACGAAAACGAACAAGUAGCUGAUCAAGGUAGUGCUGCUAACGCUUUUGUAGGUAACUUUAGAAUCCCUACAAAUGCUAUAAGAACACAAGUACAUGAUAAUAUUGUUGGUACUAUACCUCAUCCCUUGGAAGAAGACAAAUUAAUAAAAUAUAAAAAAGACCAAUCAUACUAUAUUUAUACGCAUUUGAAUAACUUUGAUAAUAUUAUUGGCAGUAAUCGUAACACAAACGACGUAAAUCAACAAAAUAGAGAAUACGCAGAACAGCAGAAUAGCAAAUUAAUUAAUCCAUCCUUCCAACUGCUUCCGUCAUUGAGCUAUAAAUUAGAAGAUGAAAAAGAAAAACAGAAUUUUCUAAAUGUUUUUCAGAUAGAUAAGUUUGGAAGUCCUAAACAGAAUACAUUUCCUAAUUCAGAAAAAAGCGCAAAUAUCGAACGACGCCAAGAUAUCAUUAGUGAUGUAGACUAUACCAUUAGUCACCCUCGAUCAUCAAGCUACUUGUCUGCUUUAUACGACGGUCCAUCAUCAUAUUCUGCUCCUCAGGCGUCAGUGGGCAGCUUGGCAGGAAAAGAAAAUUACCAAAGUGAUUCAACAUUCAAUGCUAAUAUAGAAAAAUUUGAUACCAUCGACAAUAGUAAUGGUUAUCCCAAAAUUAGUCCCCUUAAGAAAUUUACGUUCUAA